UGCAGUUUGUGUACUUGUUGAGAGCUUUUUUUUUUUAUAAAUCUGUCUCUGACAUUGUUUCUGCUGAACUCAGUUUUUCCGAGACCCUCUCUCCUCAUAGGCUCAGUUUUGGCCUGCCAGCCACAGUCCUCCAGUUUCCGUGGUAGAAGAGGCCUAGGCUGCUUCCUGUGGGCCCCCCGCUGGGCAGAAGCAUGCAGUGGUAUCUCCUCCUGAUUUGGGCACAGGGGCUGAGGCAGGCUCCCCUCCCCACCUCAGGAGCCGUGUCAGGCAGGAUAGUAACAAUGGGGAACGUUUCUGCAGAGGAAGGUGGCUCUGUCACCUUGCAAUGUCGCCUCUCCUCUACCACUGCCAAAGUGACACAGGUCAACUGGGAGCAGCAGGACCAACUUCUGGCCGUUCAUCAUGCUAACCUGGGUUGGUACCUCUGCCCAGCCUUCAGGGAGCGAGUGGUCCCCGGGCCCAACCUGGGCCUCACCCUGCAGUCGCUGACCAGGAAUGAUACAGGGGAAUACUUUUGUACCUAUCACACCUACCCCGACGGGAUAUACAGAGGGACACUCUUUCUGGAGGUCCUACAAAGCUCAGUGGCUGAGCGCAGCGCUGGGUUCCAGAUCCCACUGCUUGGAGCCAUGGCCAUAGUGCUGGCAGUCAUCUGCAUGGCAGUCAUCGUGGUGGUCACAUUGACCAGAAAGUUUGUUUGUUUUCAGAAGAAAUCUCUCAGAGCCCAUUCUUCGGAAAGUGGCCUCAGGAGAAUGCCUCGUGAACAGGAGGGAUGGAGUGCCGGCGUUCUGUCAUCUGCUGGAAGCUGCAUCCAGGCAGAGGCUGUGCCCGUGGUCUUCUGCACAGAGCAGAGGGGAGAUGACUGUGCCGAGCCACAUGAAUACUUCAACGUCCUGAGUUACAGGAGCCUUGGAAGCUUCAGCUUCCCAGCAGAGACCAAUUAGCUCCCAGAGGCAUCGUCUGGGAGAUACACUCCUGUCUCUGCUAUUACAGGUAUGUACUUAGGAGCAACGAGCCCAAAUCUGUCCGGAGUGCUGAGUCCUUUGGAAGACAGACAGAUGCAUGUCAAAUGCUGUUCUGGGCCAUGGCAGCCCAGCACAUUCUUCUUGCCGAACUAGUGCAAACGGCUUGGGAGUAGAAUACCAUUCACGAAUUAGAAAUGAACUAAAACGUACUGACAAAAGGGAGCUGCAGUUUGCUUUGGAGGAGACAUAUAUUGAGGUCAAGGCUGGACUGAGUGUUGGGUGUUAUUUAACAUGAUUAUAGUGACAGGGAAAUAUCUACAAAUACCAUUUGGAUGGAGAUAAAAAUACAAAAGAACCCAUAGAUGCUAUAAAUGGGCCAGGUUGCUAAAAUGAGAUUGAAUUAGACAGAAAAUAAAUUUUCAAGUGGAAUUCACUGAACUAGAUUUUCCUUGGAGAACCAGAGAAGACAAUUCCCUAAAAGCCAGAUUCCUGGACAGGUGUCCUGUCCGGUGCGGUAGCCGUUCUCCACAGGUAGCUGUCGAGCAGGUGAGAUGUCAUAGUCUGAAUUGAGAUGUACUGCGCUGUAAGUAUAAAAUGCACACUAGAUUUUGAAGGCUGGUUGUGUGUAAUAAAAACAGAAACUAUCACGUUAGUAAUCUAAACAUAUUGAUGACAUGUCAGAAUGAUAGGAUUUGGGAUAUUUUGGAUUAAAAUAUGUUAUUAAAAUUAAUUUCACCUGUUUCUUUUUAAUUUCUUAAUAUGGCUACCGGAAA